AUGAGCACCAUUAAUAUGAAGGUUCGUAAGUGUCCAACGGACGAAUUAGCUGUCACCAACUGUGCCGUGGUGAACAGGGAAGAUUUUGACGCACAAGGAGUGAAACAUGUGCAGAUGCAAACUGGACCUGGUCAUCGUUACGUUUUUACCAUUCGAAACCAUCCAUCCAUGAGACGUAGCGAAAUAGCGUUCGCUAUUGCACAACGGAAAUGGGCAGUUCUGAGUUUGGAUCAAGAAGUACUUGUACAACCUUACGCAUUCAGGUCUAACCAGUACAUUGGUUCCAUUACCCUCUCCGCCGACUUCCAAUUGAAAAAGAAUGUCACUGCCGAGCCGUUGAACUCCGAUUUUAUGGCUCGUGAAUUCUCUAUUCAGUUUGGAGGAAUGGCCUUCACCAAGGGCGAGCUCCUUGUUUUUCAAUUUACUGAUCCAGAGAAAGGGAAAAAUUUCACAUUGUCUCUAGUCGUCAAAAAUAUUGAAGGUAUUGAUAUCAAUGCUGCCGCUUCUGGUGAUGAAAAAUCUCGUCCGUUCCCGAUUGAAUGUGGACAACUUUUGCCAAAUUCGGCCAUAAUUUUUGACAAAGAGGAAGGAUCUCAGAUAAAUCUAAUUGGAAAGAGUAAAGGAAAAUCCGCAUACCGUUCUAUAAUAAAUCCCGAUUGGGACUUUCAAAAGAUGGGAAUCGGUGGUUUGGACAAAGAGUUCUCUGGAAUUUUUCGGCGAGCGUUUGCGUCAAGGGUGUUUCCUCCAGAGUUCAUUGAACAAUUGGGAAUGAAACACGUACGUGGUAUACUUCUUUUUGGACCUCCUGGUACAGGUAAGACACUGAUGGCUCGUCAAAUUGGUAAAAUGCUCAAUGCAAGAGAGCCAAAAAUUGUGAAUGGACCACAGAUCUUAGAUAAGUACGUGGGAGAGUCAGAGUCGAACGUGCGUAAACUGUUCGCGGAUGCUGAAGAAGAGUGGAGGCGAUGCGGUGCAAAUUCUGGCCUCCAUAUAAUAAUCUUCGACGAAAUCGACGCCAUAUGCAAGCAGAGAGGUUCUAUGGCUGGGUCUUCUUCUGUCCAUGACACUGUUGUCAACCAGCUGCUUUCCAAGAUGGACGGUGUUGAGCAACUCAAUAAUAUCCUAGUUAUCGGUAUGACAAACAGAAAGGAUAUGAUUGAUGAGGCUUUGCUUCGACCAGGACGACUUGAAGUUCAGAUGGAAGUCAGUCUUCCGGACGAAUUCGGACGUUUACAAAUAUUGAAGAUUCACACUUCUCGAAUGCGGGAGUACAAAAAGCUUGAUCCGGAAGUGAAUUUGGAAGAUUUGGCUAAGCGCACUAAAAACUUUUCUGGUGCUGAAAUCGAAGGUUUGGUGAGAGCAGCUCAAUCUAGCGCUAUGAAUCGUCUUGUAAAGGCUGGUGGAAAGGUCCAACUCGAUUCGGAUGCCAUCGAGAAACUAAUGAUCAACGCUGCUGAUUUUGACUAUGCUCUAGAGAAUGAUAUUAAGCCGGCAUUUGGGCGAAGUGACGAAUCCCUUGAGAAAUUCCUCAGGCGAGGUAUGGUUGUUUGGGGUAGCGAGGUGACACGAAUUUUGGAAGAAGGUGCCCGUCUUGUUGAGGAGACUAUCAACCCAGACGCUGGAGGAUUUGUUACUGCCGUACUUGCUGGAGCUCCACGAACCGGAAAAAGUUUCCUGGCAGCGGAAAUCGCACGAACAUCAGAUUUUCCUCUUAUAAAGGUUGUGUCUCCCGGUGAUAUGGUUGGUUUCUCGGAAUCUGCUAAAUGUCAAGCGCUUCGGAAAGCUUUCGGAGAUGCUCUUCGCUCGAAAUUGAGUGUUCUCUUGAUAGAUAACAUAGAAAGACUGCUCGAUUACUCUCCCGUUGGUCCUCGAUUUUCCAAUCUUGUACUACAAGCAUUACUUGUGUUGCUGAAUGAACCUCCACCUCCGAAUCACCGACUACUUGUUCUAGCGACAUCGUCGAAUCGCUCCUUCCUUCGAGAGCUCGAAUUGAUAAAUGCUUUUGGUCACGUGAUUGAUGUGCCAGUGUUGUCGACGCCUACUCAUAUCUUACAUGUUCUACAGGAAUCAGAGGUUUUCACUAACAAUGAAUUGGAGAAACUUGCCCAUGACCUACAAAAUCUUCUACAUCAACAAAGCUAUGGCAUUGGUAUCAAGCGUCUAUUGGGUUUGAUUGAUUUCUGCCGGAAGUGUGAAGAAGGAUACCGAGCUCAGAUGUUGUAUAAUAAGAUCGAAGCUAUUGCAAUAGGUGUAGAAUAA